GAUGGAUGGAGCUGUUCGCGUGAAGAAAAUGUUACCAACCGUUAGAGCUAACCGGUGCUGACGGAAAACCAAACAUCAAAGGAGCGUGUCUUUUGUUCGCUGGAAAACGGUUGAAAAAUGUUCGGUUUAAGUAAAACGAAGGGCUUUUCUCGCAGUCGCAGCGACGCUUCGGUGGCCACCAGAGGUUUGGGAUUAAUGCACGGAUCGAGAAACCUGCCAACCCAUUCCGAAGGCUCAAAUUCUACCUCAAGGCUAUACGUUGCCUUUGUAUUAUGUCUUUUGUUGUUCACACCCAGAGUGGAUUCUUCGUGGUGGUACAUUGGCGCGUUGGGGGCGGGGGUCAUCUGCGACAACAUCCCGGGCCUGGUCAACAAGCAGCGGCAGUUGUGCCAGCGGCACCCGGACGUCAUGCAGUCCAUCGGGAGGGGCUCCCGGGAGUGGAUCCAGGAGUGCCAGCACCAGUUCAGCCACCACCGCUGGAACUGCAGCACCGUCGACCGCGACCACACCGUCUUCGGCCGGGUCGUGCUGCGGAGCAGUCGCGAGGCGGCCUUCGUCUACGCCAUCUCCUCGGCCGGCGUGGUCUACGCCAUCACCCGGGCCUGCAGCCAGGGGGAGCUGAAGAUCUGCAGCUGCGACCCCCACAAGCGGGGGCGGGCCAGCGACGAGCGGGGCGACUUUGACUGGGGCGGCUGCAGCGACAACGUCAACUACGGCAUCAAGUUCGCCAAGGCGUUCGUGGACGCGCGCGAGAGGGCGGUGCGGGACGCGCGGGCGCUGAUGAACCUGCACAACAACCGCUGCGGGAGGAUGGCUGUGAAGCGCUUCAUGAAGCUGGAGUGCAAGUGCCACGGCGUCAGCGGCUCCUGUGUGCUCCGCACCUGCUGGCUGGCCAUGGCCGACUUCCGCAAGACCGGCGACUACCUCCGCCGGAAGUACAACAGCGCCGUCGAGGUCACCAUGAACCAGGACGGCACCGGGUUCGCGGUAGCGGACCGGGGGCUCAGGAGGCCCACCAAGAACGACCUGGUGUACGUGGAGGACUCGCCCGACUACUGCCUCAGGGACAAGGCUGCAGGCUCCCUGGGCACCUCGGGACGCGUCUGCAGCAAGUCGUCGUCGGGCACGGAGGGCUGUGAGGUCAUGUGCUGCGGGCGGGGCUACGACACCACGCGCGUGAGGCGCGUCACCAAGUGCGAGUGCAAGUUCAAGUGGUGCUGCGCGGUGGAGUGCCGGGACUGCGAGGAGACGGUGGACGUGCACACCUGCAAGGCCCCGCGCCACGCCAACUGGCUGGACCAGACCUGA